AUGUUAUUUGAGCAGGGUCAGCAGGCCCAGGAGCUUCCUGAAUACAUGAUGCAGAAGGCGGCUUACUAUGAAAACCCAGGACUCUUUGGAGGCUAUGGCUAUAGCAAGGCCACAGAUGCUUAUGGCUACAGCACCCCCCAUCAGCCUUACCCCCCACCUUCUGCUGCUGCCAACUCCCUGGACACUGAUUAUCCUGGCUCAGCCUGCUCUAUUCAGAACUCAGCACCUCUGCGCACUCCAACCCACAAGGGGCCUGAUCUCAAUGGCAGCUGCAUGAGGCCUGGCCCUGGGAACAGCCAGGGGGGGAAUGGUGGCAGCCAGCCUCCUGGCCUGAACUCAGAACAGCAACCAGCACAGCCUCCUCCUCCACCGCCCACUCUCCCUCCAUCCUCGCCCACCAAUCCUGGAGGUGGAGGGCCAGCCAAGAAGACCAAGGGUGGGUCCAAUGCUUCUGGCUCUUCAGCUACCAUCAGCAAGCAGAUCUUCCCCUGGAUGAAAGAGUCGAGGCAGAACUCCAAGCAGAAGAACAGCUGUGCCACUGCAGGAGAGAGCUGCGAGGACAAGAGCCCGCCAGGCCCCGCGUCCAAGCGGGUGCGCACGGCGUACACGAGCGCGCAGCUGGUGGAGCUGGAGAAGGAGUUCCACUUCAACCGCUACCUGUGCCGGCCGCGCCGCGUGGAGAUGGCCAACCUGCUGAACCUGACCGAGCGCCAGAUCAAGAUCUGGUUCCAGAACCGACGCAUGAAGUACAAGAAGGACCAGAAGGCCAAAGGCAUCCUGCACUCGCCCGCCGGCCAGUCCCCGGAGCGCAGCCCGCCGCUCGGCGGCGCCGCGGGCCACGUGGCCUACUCGGGUCAGCUGCAGCCGGUGCCCGGCCUGGCCUACGACGCGCCCUCGCCGCCCGCUUUCGCCAAAUCGCAGCCCAACAUGUACGGCCUGGCAGCCUACACGGCGCCGCUCAGCAGCUGCCUGCCGCAGCAGAAGCGCUACGCCGCGCCCGAGUUCGAGCCCCACCCCAUGGCGAGCAACGGCGGCGGCUUCGCCAGCGCCAACCUGCAGGGCAGCCCCGUGUACGUGGGCGGCAACUUCGUCGACUCCAUGGCGCCCGCGUCGGGGCCGGUUUUCAAUCUGGGCCACCUCUCGCAUCCGUCCUCGGCCAGCGUGGACUACAGCUGCGCCGCGCAGAUACCCGGCAACCACCACCACGGACCCUGCGACCCGCACCCCACCUACACAGAUCUCUCGGCCCACCACUCGUCUCAGGGACGCCUGCCCGAGGCCCCCAAACUGACGCAUCUGUAGCGCUCGCCGCCAGCCCGAACUCGCGGCGCG